AUGACCCUUCAAGAAUACUUAGCCGAGAUGAACUUAACCAAGCCAACACCACUUCAGAAGCCAUUCUUCAUUGCGCAAAUUGUUCUUGGAUGUGUGUUCAUGCUCUUACACAUAAGACUAGUAGUGGUCAUAUGCACUACCGACUCGCUUUCGGACUUGCCUACAUAUCGCGUCAUCCAGCACAUAUCCUUGGCUUGUUUAAUGAGUUUAUCUAUGCGAGUCCUCGGCGCUGCUUGUACGUUGAAUGGAGAAAUGGAUGAUAAAUGGAAUGAUUUGUUUGGCGCUUUAUAUCAAUGCGGAUGGGCAGCCGAAUGUCCUACAAUUCUUGUGCUCGCUAGCAAUCGACUUUUUUCUUUGGUCUCAUCCACAUGGUACCAACGAGUAUGGACUACGAGAGUAGCCUACGUUCCCCACGGGGAGGAAGGCUCCGAAGUGCUUAUAAUUUUGUGCUGUUGGCUAUUCGGUGUAUUCUAUGGAUCUUUUUGUAUAACACCUCACUAUCGUGUCAUAUGGCAAGUUUCACCCCCAGGAUUUUUCUUUGUCAGUGAUAACAGCUCUUUAUCUAUUAUAUUAGUCAAUUUGGAUUAUUAUCUAUCUGAAGCUGUUAUCUAUGUAAGUCUUCUCUGCUACAUCUUAAUGUUUCUUUUUUUGUUCGUGAAGCGCACAUCCCUCAGUUUGUUCAAAACUGAAUUGCCUCAAACAAUCUACUUUGGAACCAUGUUUGCCAUUAGUGCUAUAGUAGUGUACUUGUGGCAUCAUCCACGGCCCGAAAAUCUUUAUGGACAUGUCGCUAAUCUUAUCACUCUGCUAAGAGAAGAACAUGGUGAUAGAACACGACAGGGCAUUGUGGUUAAAUUCAUCAAAUUGUACAUCACUCUGCAAUGGAAUGCGAUACAUAGGCCAGAGCUAGUGCUUCUCUCCUGCUCCUGUCAAGUGGAGUAUCAAGCGCAGCCUGCAGAGAUCUAUCCAACCAGGCGUUACAAAUACCUAACGAAAGCUACACGCGGUGAACACUAA